ACAUCUAGUUUAGGUUUUAAAAUUGAAGGAGAGAGCUCACUACAGCGACAUGGACGACGCCGUUUCUCCCAGAACACUUCGGAAGGAUGCCGUCAACUACAAGUUACAUUUCCGAAACAUAAACGAGCAACAAGUGGACGAAAUCAGCCUUGAUUUCUUCUAUAAACCACACACCAUCACACUCCUGACAGCUACUGUGCUGAGCCUCAUGUACUUUGCCUUCACCAGGGAUGACGGGAACUCUGACAACAACCUCCGUGUUGGUAUUCUGGUGGCUGUCUCCUUCUUCUUAGUCAUCAGUGUCCUGGCCUUUCCUAAUGGACCUUUUAUCAGGCCACAUCCUGCAAUAUGGCAAAUGGUGUUUGGCCUCAGUGUUCUGUACUUUCUGUUUCUCGUCUUCCUCAUCUUCCUCAACUGGGAGCAAGUUAAGACACUGAUGUACUGGCUGGACCCAAAUCUGCGUUAUGCCAAGCGAGAAGCUGAUAUCAUGGAAUAUGCUGUGAACUGUACAGUGAUAACAAGAGAACGGUUGUGGAGCCACUGCGACAUCUUCGCAUUUGGCCACUUUGCUGGCUGGGCAGUGAAGGCGCUGCUCAUUCGCAGUUACGGCCUCUGUUGGACCAUCAGCAUCACCUGGGAACUCACUGAGCUGUUCUUUAUGCACCUGCUGCCAAACUUUGCAGAGUGCUGGUGGGAUCAGGUGAUACUGGACAUACUGUUGUGUAAUGGAGGAGGCAUCUGGCUGGGUAUGACCGCGUGCCGGUUUUUGGAGAUGAGGACCUACCGCUGGGCAAGCAUCAAGGAGAUCCACACCACCACAGGGAAGAUAAAGCGAGCCGUGCUCCAGUUCACCCCGGCUAGUUGGACUUAUGUGCGCUGGUUUGACCCAAAGUCCUCCAUCCAGAGGCUCGCAGGCAUCUAUCUCUUUAUGAUCUUAUGGCAGCUGACAGAGUUGAACACAUUCUUCCUCAAGCACAUCUUCGUCUUCCAGGCCUCUCACCCUCUCAGCUGGUGUCGUAUCUUCCUCCUUGGAAGCGUCACUGCACCCACUGUACGACAAUAUUAUGCAUACAUAACCGACACUCGGUGUAACCGAGUUGGCACACAAUGCUGGGUGUUUGGGGCCAUUUCUUUCCUUGAGGCUCUUGCUUGUGUGAAAUUCAGCCAAGACCUGUUUUCUAAGACGCAAAUUCAUUCUGUACUCCUGUGGCUGCUUUGUCUGGCACUCAUCACACUUCUAUGUUUGUAUGGGAUGACGUGGUAUGAGCAAAAUAAACUGAAGAGCAUUUCUGCACAAAGUGAGGACUACGAUGAUGGAGGUGUUGGCGACUCAUGUGGUUUGGUCCCAGAUGGCCUUGCAGAUCAGAGGAACACAUUAGGAAGUUUACAACCGACAAAACGGAGGAGAGCUUGUGGGAAGAACAGAUUUGUGAAUGGACACGGAGGAAAGAAAUAAUUAAAUAUGAGUGAAACUGAAUCACAACCUCGAUGAGAAGGUGAAUGAUGCGCCCAGCAAGAGAAAUAAAGUCUACAUCAAUUUACUGAAUUUUGGAAACGUUGCAUUCAGGGUUUUGUCAAUUCUAGAGGAAUAAUAUUCUGGGGGAGUCCGAGGCGAAACUCACCGAUAGACCUGCAGACUGGUGUGUUGAUUCUCUGGUAGCCUUCUCUGGCAGCUCUUUAAUACUGUAUCACAAGGAAGAACUUUGUCUAGUAGUCAAUGUUACAUUUGUAAAUUACCUUGAAUUUAUUUGUACAAACACUAGAAUGCUAGCCUAAGCAUCGUCCGAAAACCAACAUUAUUUAACUCUCUUACCUUACAUUACUUAAGCAAUAAUGUCGUGUCCCUGACGUCUACGUUUUUUACAGCGCCAACAAAAACAUUGUUUGUGGACGUGAACGCGCUUCAUCAAACACCAGCACCGACUCAACGUUCAGACGUAACUGCUCAUCCCGUAGUCGUCUCCCUUUCCAUUGCGCACAGGGCCAUAGAAAUCCCACAGUACUUCAUUCAUAUCGUCUCUGGUUAUGGUCUUCAGGUCUACUGCUUUCUCUUCGCACCAGUUGGUGAAGCAGUUAGAAGAGUGUUUUUGUCGUUGCGCAACAUUUCAUAGGUCUCACUUUCUUUCUUAUGGUAGCACGACGUCCAGCUGAAGUAUCCUCCUCGGCUAACCACUCAUCAAAAGUCAUUUCCCCAAAAUAUCAAAGUUAUUAAAUGAAACAUGUUUGGUAACUGUCAAGCUUGAAAUGACAACUAACAGUCGAGCAAAUUCUACCAUUACUCUUAUUUUGAGUGUGCACUGAUAUGGAAGCUCAGAUAAAUGUCAACAGCUGUCGGACAUUAUGGCUGAAUAAAGUACACCCCGUGACUCACACUCAACCAAUCAGAAUGCUUGAUUUCAUCUACCCGUAUAAUAAUAAAUAUUGGUUGGGCACUUUGCGCUGUGGGACACGUUUAGUCAGGGGGUGCCAGACCGAUCCACACAACGACCCUGAGCACAUUUAUGCUAAACUGUAUGCACAUUUGUUUGCUCUUAAUCGUUUUUACUUUUUUUUAAUGGGGAAACUAAAGAUCAUUGGUAUUGUUGUCUAUGAUAUUUUAUUAGUAAUAUAGAAUUGGUGAUGAUUAUCUGUUAACUUUUGUUAUGUUUGUUUUUUAUAAUUGCACAAAGUGACUUUUCUAGAACAGACUAACGCACUGAUAAAUACAGAACUAUGUUUUUUUAUUUAUCGAAAUUGCAUCGUCACUUCAACUAAGUGUAACUAAACUACCAGUAGCAUUUACAAGUAACCCUUUUUAGCCAAAGUUUAUGUGAUAUUGGGACUUUUUUUUCGUCUUGGUGUUUUUGUGUGUUUUUUAGUGAGCAGUGAGUGGUGUAUGAUAGGUGUACUGACCAAGAAUACUGUGACAUUCAACGCAAUAGCCUUAAGGUGACAUUCAACAGCAGAGAAUAAUGACCUGUGAAAUUAUCCUUUUCAAAAGCAGUUUAUAUCGCGUUUUGAAAUGAUCCAAAUUAAUUAAAUGUGAUAUUAAUAUAUUAUGUAUAACAUUAAUAUAUUUUCCAUGUAAGCUGUUCUUAAUAUUGUUGACUGAUGCAUUAUUUUUCAUAUUUAGUGUAGGAAUGUUAGCAAGUUUGCAUCGCCCAAUUGAAUUUGUAUUGGUGUUUGUAUGAAAUGGACCUCACUUGCUUGCUAGUUCUGGUCCUUUGACACAUACAAACCUUUGUGUCCGACUACACUGUAUUUAAUAUAACAUUUUUCUACAUGUUCUUGCCUCGAAGGUGUCUGCUUAUUAAAAAGAUUUGGUAUUACUUA